AUGGUUCUCAUAAACAAUGUCAAAUAUGCCUGUGAAAGGUGUAUCCGAGGUCAUCGGGUAACGACUUGCAACCAUACGGACCAGCCUUUGAUGAUGAUUAAGCCGAAGGGUAGACCUUCAACUACUUGUGAUCAUUGUAAAGAAUUGAGGAAGAAUAAGAAUGCUAAUCCGUCGGGAGUUUGUACGUGUGGAAGAUUAGAGAAGAAGCGACUGGCUCAGAAAGUGAAGGAAGAGGCAAGAGCGAAAGCGAAAGAAGAGAGGAAAAAUCAGGAAUGUAGGUGUGAUCAGAAUGAACCAUGUAAAUGCCAUUCGACUAGACGAAGAUCCCGUAAGAUAUCGAUCAAUGAUACGCACCACUUCAAUCAUUCUCAAGCAGGGUCUGGGCACGUGACGUCACCGAUCUCUGUAGAGACUUACAAUGACAACUAUCUCGACUCGGAUGGCGGCGGGAAGAUCUCUAAGGAGUAUCAUCACAUUCCCUCACUGGCGUCUAUCUCGUCGUUGCAUUCGACGCACUCUUUGGAUCAAAAGUUCAAUUUCCCUCAGAGCCCUACUCUCGGUAACUUUGGUGGGAGUGGUACUAAUGGUCAAUUUGAUAAUAGUUCGAUAUGUUCUUCGGCGAGGUCGGAUUCGCGUGCCAAUUUAUCCGAUAUGGUGGGGUCGUCUUUUGAACCUACAAAGAGGGCGCCUGGCUNNAGAAGCAGGGUCGGUGAAGUGACUGUUCCUCUGGAAGAAUAUAUACCAUCCGAUAUCAAUGGGAUUGGAAGGAUUAACGAUGUAAAUGCGUUUGACGAUUGGUCACCGGAAACGUCGGCUACUAAUAUGAACCCCAGUGUAUCUGCAACUUAUGCGCAGUCUAGUUCAAAUUCUAUCAAUCACAAUCUCCAUGCACAGGAUCAAAACCGUUCGGAUAGCAAUAAUAGUAAUAGAAAUAACGGUCUUCUGGAUAUGUUUCUGGAUUCGUCAACAAUUCCCGCUUUCCACGAUAAGAGCAAUACUUUACCAUCAGGUAUGGCCAAGAGAUACAGUUUCCACUCACCACAAGACGCCUAUAAUCACCACAAGGAAAACAACAGUUUCAAAUCCAAUAAUACCACUAAUAAUAUCACUAAUAAUAAAAAUUGGGAGAGUACUGAGGGCAGUGUGGAUAAUGAAAGCGUAAAAAGUGUCGAAGUUCUUUCACUAACGCCAAGUUUUAUGGAUAUUCCAGAGAGAAGACCACAACAUCAUCAAUUGACCCAUAGAUACUCCCAGGAUUCACAGCUAUCACAACAAAGAUCUUCAAGUGUCAGUCGAAAUCACAGGUAUGGCGGCUCCCAUGUGUCGCAACCAGCUUACAAUAUGAGAUCACCUCCAAUGACAGUAAAUCCUUCAAAUGUGUCAAAUAUUGAUGACAAUGUAAGUUUAAACUCAUUACAGUCACCUAGCAGUUCUGUCGUGGAACAUGGGCUUAUGACUAACUCGACGGAUCCAUCUCUAAUGAAGAAUUUACCCGAUACAAUAAGGCAUCCCAGAACAAUGAAUUUACCGGAGAGAUCAGCAUCGACGUCACACUUCCAGCCAUCGUUCCAGUGGUCUCAACCACCACUUCCUCGUCAAGGUUCCCAAACUCUAUCAACCACGACUGACACGAAUUCCGAGUUUGAUCACCUUAUGGCGUUUGAUAGUUCCAUCAAUAGAUCUGAUAGCGCGCAAUUGUCAACGAAGAACGAUACAGAUAAACCUGCGUACCAGGAUGGUCCUGCGCCAUUCGGUAAUGGGUUGGCCAGAAGAACACUACAGGACACAUCUCCCGCUAGUAGUAAUCAAACGUCGUCUCCUCCUAGUCAAUUAUUAACUGAGAGAGGUUUUGCCGAUCUAGACAACUUUAUGUCUAUACUGUAG